AUGACUAAAGCGUUUUUUAACAAGCUACCGUUUGAGGUAUUCCGUCGAUAUGUAAGGACAGGUAAGAGCAUCCCUCAAAGAAGCUCCAGGACUAGAAAAGCUCUCUUGAUGGGAGGUUCAAUCACAUCAGCAGUAGUGCUGUAUAAUUUUAGUGAUACUUUUCAUGAUUCUGUUAAGCAUACAGCUUUGACGACUAAAAGGGUUGCCAUUGUUACACAAGCUACUACUCGUUGUUUCUACCAUUACAAGAGGGCUCUGAACAAGAGUUAUGAGGACAAAAGAGAACGAGAAGUAGCUUUGAACAACUGCCAUAAAAUGUGUGCUUUGAUCACGCUGCAUGCAUUACGAUCGAAUGGUGGAAUAUACAUCAAAUUAGGACAGCACAUUGGGGCCAUGACGUACCUGCUGCCUAAAGAAUGGACGGAUACAAUGAUACCAUUACAAGAUCACUGCCCUGAAUCUACCUAUGAAGAAAUUGAUGAGUUAUUCAAAGAAGAUUUAGGCACCAGUAUUGAAGAUAUGUUUUGGGAAUUCGACAAAACCCCAAUAGGUGUAGCCUCAUUGGCACAAGUUCAUGUAGCCAAACUGAAAAGUAGUGAUGGUAAAGGCUCCAGUGUAGCCGUUAAGUGUCAACAUCCAUCUUUGAAGGAAUUCAUACCGUUAGAUGUUAUGUUGACAAGAACAGUGUUUGAAUUGUUGGACGUUUUCUUUCCUGAUUAUCCGCUAACGUGGCUGGGUGAUGAGCUUCAAUCAUCGAUAUACGUCGAGCUAAAUUUUACCAAAGAAGCUGAAAACGCAGAAAGAACUCGUAGGUAUUUCAGCAAGUUCAAGAAACAAACAGCAUUGAAAAUACCGAAGGUUAUUGAAAGCCAUAAAAGGAUCUUGAUCAUGGAAUAUGUUGGGGGGAAAAGGUUGGAUGAUUUAGAGUACAUUGAUGGCCAUGAUAUCUCACGUGGUGAGGUAUCGAGUUGUCUUUCCCACAUUUUCAAUAACAUGAUAUUUACACCUAACGUAGGAAUUCAUUGUGAUCCUCAUGGUGGGAAUUUAGCAAUACGAUCUGUUAAGCCUGGUAAAGAUAAUGGAUACCAUAAUUUUGAAAUCGUUUUAUUUGACCACGGACUUUAUAGGUAUCCCAGCACGAGCACAAGAAGGCUCUAUGCCAAAUUUUGGUUGUCACUACUAUUCGACAAGGACCAGACGAAAAUGAAGAAAUACGCUAAGGGAUUCGCCAACAUUACUGAUGAACAGUUUCCCCUUUUAGCGGCUGCAAUCACGGGGCGUAGCAUAGAUGCUGCAUUAAAUUACGACAUCUCGAAGAGCCGAACGCAAGAAGAAAUGGACGUCAUGGCGAAUGGGAUCCUAGAAGGAACAUUGUUAAGUGACUUGAUGAGCAUUUUGUCUAGAAUCCCCAGUGUAGUACUUUUGAUCCUGAAAACUAACGAUCUGACCAGGCAUUUGGAUGAAUGUUUACAGAAUCCACUCGGGCCAGAAAGGACGUUUCUCAUCAUGACUCAGUACUGCGCCAAGACGGUUUAUGAUGAAAAAGUUGAAAAGAUUAAUUUUGAGUGUGGAAAAUGGUCUCUGAAAUGGAUGUGGGAGAACUUUACGAACUGGGUGGUCUAUGAGAGACGUAUCAAUCAGCUAUAUUUUUAUGAUUUUGUGCUAUGGUGGAAGAAAAUUGUUCCAAAAACUUGGUUGUCAUCUUGA